AUUAAUAAAUACUACACAUAACACAACUUGUAUUACGGUAUAUUUAAAGCACAGAACAAGAAAAAUAGCAUUCAUUCCUGUUAAUUCAUUGCAUACGACUAUUAAACAAACUGUUUGAUCGCACUGUCAUAUUAAGCGAAUGUUCAAUACAAUGAUUUGAGUCAAAUCGAAUCGAAUCAUGUUAAAUUGAAAAGUGCAGUGUUGAAUCACCGAAUUGAAUAAAAACGUGCUAAAUUAAAAUAUGUUGAAUUGAAACACGUAAACCUUUUGACCGGUAGAUGAGGGCUCUUCGAUAACAAUGGUCAUUCCUGAAUUUCGAAUUUUCGUAGAAACGCUUCGAGCGCUGCGAUCACGACGGCGUUAAUUUAGCGUCGGUGCCAGGCGUCGUGUUUCACUCAAUUUUCGAAGAAUUAUAACAACUUUUGAGUACGACAACCAACGGCGCAGGUCACAUCAAAAUUAUCGUCGCAUGCGACUGUGGUGUUGCAAACACGGAAAACUAAAGCAAUGAGACUGUUAAUUCACAGCGAAUAAAGAGUGACAACUGUGCCCGUUUAAUUUUAUUUUCUUCUGGGUAUGUAAAUAGCAAGCGUUAUAAGAGCACAAAUCAAGGGAGUGGGGGCGUUUGCAAUGUCGCACAUUAGACACGCUCUCAAACAAAGUUUGGAUUAGGAAAAACUUGCUCUCUUUUAUUAUUGACUGUUGUUUUUUUAGAUUUCUUAUACGAUGUACUUUAUGACUAACACGUCAAUUAUAGAAAUAUAGAAAUUGUAUUGCAUGCUAUAUUGGAAUUUGUAUAAAAGUAAUUUAACUUUACUUGCUUUCUUUUAAUUGAUGUAUUAUCGCCGAGAAAAGUAGGUUUCUAGAUUUUGUAAAAUUUGUUUUUAAUGAUAAUUAUGGCUCCACCUACAUCGGAGAUGGAAGUAACCAGUUCGUUUACUUUAAAUGACAGUCUGGCAAAUAAUAAUUCCGCAACACAAUUUUAUAAAAAGGAAAUAAUGAUGGAUGAAAGAAGUCAAAUGGAUUUAGUAUGGAUACACAAUAACUAUGCUAAUAUACCUAUAAAACAUGAAACCCAAGAAGCUUUGAAUAGUCAAUUUAUUGAUGAUAAGUUAUGUGAAAAUAUAUUUCCAUGGCUUAAUAAAUUUAAUAAAAUAAUGUGUUCAUCUGUGGGGAAUAAGAAUUACCAAUUAUUAAAACAUUUAAUUCUUAUUUAUAAACAGUAAGAUUGUUAUUGCUUAUUAUA